GAUAAUGGUCCAGUAGGAUCAAGGUGGAUUAGGAUGACUGUAUAAAGACCAUCAGGCUCCAUCAGACAGCAUCAUCAGACCUGCAGGUGCCCAGCUUUACCAGGUUCUUAAUUGUGUGACGCAACAUCUUCACUGUUUGCCAAAUGGAAUUGUCCGUGGCCAUGUGUGGUCUCCUUUGCCUGCUCUUCAGCCAAGCUGUGCCCACGUGUGUGCCCACGGACUACACUCUGUAUGAGGAGAGACGUGAAUGUGACUUCUGCGUGGCCAUCAAUACGACCAUUUGCAUGGGCUUCUGCUACUCAAGGGACAGUAACAUGAAGGAGCUGGCCGGACCACGUUUCCUUAUCCAGAGAGGCUGUACCUAUGACCAGGUGGAGUACCGAACAGUCAUACUACCUGGUUGCCCGCUCCAUGCCAACCCUCUCUUCACCUACCCCGUGGCCCUCAGCUGCCACUGUGGCACCUGCAACACAGACAGUGAUGAGUGUGCCCACAAGGCCAGCAGUGGAGACGGCGCCAGGUGUUCCAAGCCACUCAGACACAUCUACCCAUACCCUGGCCUGAACAGCUACAUCCACCCCAACUGAUAACGCUCUCCCUUCCCUGGAUAGUUUGGCUGUAAUGACCAUAAUGAUCAAUAAGGCAAGGAGAAUGGUCCGUUCAAAUCAAGUUUAUGGUCAGUAGCCUAAUCAUUAUGAUAACAGAACAGCAUUGUCGUACUCGUGUGUUUGUGGUGGAUACAGUGAGCUACAGGGUGGUGUAUCCUAUUCAUUGUGACAUGUAUUGUUGCUGUUGUGUUUGGUAUGUGAACAUGCCUUUUUGUUUGCCACUUUGCUUGCAAUGGAGGCUGAUCCUGGUAUUUCUGUCUGCCUUUCCUGUCCAUUGACUCACUGAGCUAUUUUGUUUACGGUGAACCAAUAUCAUGAAUGGGAUGUUAUUAAAGCUGAAGUCUGUAAA